UUGUUCAACUUGUAUAUAUAUACACGCUGCUAAUGUCAUCACUUCAAAAACCAAACAUUUCUCUUUUUUACAUGCUAUCUUAAAAGCAUAUAUCCCUGUCUUAAUUACCUCCACUAUGAAGUUUCCCACCAAGCCCAAACAAGCCGUAUCCCUCUUGCUCAUUUUCAUGCUCGUCUUACCCCAUGCCAGUGCCACCAUUUUGAGCCCUGUCGGCCACGCACAGAAAAACUGUGAUUUCCCUGCUAUCUUUAACUUGGGUGACUCUAAUUCGGACACUGGCGGAUAUGCUGCUUGCUUCGAUCCUCCCACUUCUCCUUAUGGAGACACCUACUUUCACAUGCCUGCCCGCCGUUUCUCCGACGGCCGCCUCAUGAUUGAUUUCAUAGCCGAGACUUUUGGUCUCCCAUUUCUUCACGCAUAUCUUGAUUCACUGGGGACAAAUUUCUCCCGUGGUAUAAACUUCGCCACGGCAGCAUCAACAAUCCGAUUACCAGAUAGGAUUAUACCUAAUGGUGGAUUCAGUCCGUUCUACUUGGACCUACAGUACUCACAAUUCGUGCAAUUUAAAUCCAGAUCACAACUGAUUAGGGAACGAGGAGGGUUGUUUGCAAGUUUAAUGCCCAAGGAAGAGUAUUUUCCAAAAGCUUUGUACACUUUUGAUAUCGGACAAAAUGAUCUUGGUGAAGGGUUCUUUGCGAACUUGACAAUAGAAGAAGUCAAUGCUUCUGUUCCUGAUAUAGUCAACAAAUUCUCAGCAAAUAUUAAGAAUAUAUACAGGUUAGGAGCUAGAUCAUUUUGGAUUCACAACACGGGACCAAUUGGUUGCCUGCCUUACAUUCUGACGGCCUUUUCCUCAGCAGAAAAGGACUCUGUCGGUUGCUUAAAGCCUCACAAUGAAGUUGCUCAGUAUUUUAAUCUCAAGUUAAAGGAGGCAGUAACUCAACUCAGAAAUGAAUUCCCUUCAGCUGCAUUCACAUAUGUAGACAUCUACUCCGUCAAGUACUCUCUCUUUGCUGAACCCCAAAAACACGGAUUUGAGCUUCCCCUUGUCACAUGUUGUGGCUACGGAGGCCAGUACAACUUCAGCACUGAAGUUAUAUGUGGAGGAACAAUUACAGUUAAUGGCACCAAGAUAUUUGUGGGUUCAUGUGAACGUCCAUCAGUUCGAGUGGUUUGGGAUGGAAUUCACUACACUGAGGCAGCUAACAAGUUUGUUUUCGAUCAAAUUUCCACAGGAUCGUUCUCAGAUCCACCAAUUCCCUUGAAACGGGCAUGCCACAGGACUUCAAAUUAACUUCUUGUUCAGCAUAGACACAUGAAUAAAACAAAACCUAACUAGUUGUUAUUGUAUGUCUAUUUCAUGUAAUAAGUGUCUAUCUCAGUGCUGGUAUAUGUUGUUCUUAUUGGCCAAAACUAAAAAAAAAUUUGCAUGGUCAUAAAUCUAGCAAGUUGCAUCAGAUUUUUAUCAUCA